GUCACAUGACGCGGUCACGUGUCACAUGCUCGCCUGCUUUCAUGUUCCUGCCAAAACACAAGGCUCAGUCAUUACUUGAGGUCCAGGCUGCUCAGCACUGAAGAUCAAUUCUGUGCAGUGAUUGAGUGGAAGUCGGACAGCACAAGGAUGUUGAUGCUUGGGUGAAGAAACAACAGAUACAAGCACACUCCAGACUGUGCUUCCCCUUGAUCUACUUUAUGCUGACUGAUCUUGUUUCGCCUGUGUCAUGUGUUACUAUACUACUAUGCAAACAGUUGCACCUCUGGGACAAUUAAAUUGUUAGAGUUGGGGACAAUCUUUCUGGCAUAAGGCUUUUCAGGCUAAGCUGCAGCCUGUUGACUCAUGGCGAUAAAUGCUGAUGUUGAAGAUUGGGGUGGCGUUGGGAGCAGUGACCCUGGAGAAAGGGCAUGGCUCCUGCAGAGUCCCAGCGUGGACUCAAUCCGGCACCUGGAGACCGACAGGCGGAAUGGGGGUGUGUCGUCUAUGGGAGCAGUCUUCAUCGUGGUGAAUGCAGCACUGGGUGCAGGUCUUCUCAACUUCCCAGCAGCCUUCAAUAUGGCAGGAGGAGUAACUGCAGGAGUUACGCUUCAAAUGUUAAUGCUGAUCUUUAUAAUCAGUGGACUGGUGGUUCUGGGCUACUGCUCCCAGGUCAGUAAUGAAAACACGUAUCAGGAGGUUGUUCGUGCCACUUGUGGGAAAGUCACAGGAGUCUUAUGUGAAGUAGCCAUUGCCGUGUACACCUUUGGGACAUGCAUAGCUUUCUUCAUCGUCAUUGGAGACCAGCUGGAUCGCCUAAUUGCAGCAGUGGCUCAUGACCCAGAUGCUUCAGCCACGGCUCAUUGGUACACUGAUCGCAAAUUCACCAUCGCUGUCACUGCGCUCCUGGUUAUUCUUCCCCUUUCCAUUCCCAAGGAGAUUGGCUUUCAGAAAUAUGCCAGUGCUCUGAGUGUGAUGGGAACCUGGUACGUUACCAUUGUUAUCAUAGUGAAGUACAUCUGGCCCGAUGAGGAGGUGACUCCAGCCUAUGUUCCCACCAGUUCUGCUUCAUGGACUGCAGUUUUCAAUGCAAUGCCCACCAUAUGCUUUGGCUUCCAGUGUCAUGUCAGCUGUGUGCCAGUAUUCAACAGCAUGAGCAGGAAGGAGAUCAAGCCUUGGGGAGUUGUAGUUACACUCAGCAUGAUAAUCUGCCUCUUUGUUUACACAGGAACAGGCGUCUGUGGCUACCUGACGUUUGGCUCCGGUGUCAGUCAGGAUGUGCUGAUGUCGUACCCUCCUGAUGAUAUUGCUGUGGCCAUCGCCAGAGCCUUUAUUGUCAUAUGUGUCAUCACCUCCUACCCUAUUUUACACUUCUGUGGCAGGGCAGUGGUGGAAGGACUUUGGCUGCGUUUCCGAGGCGAGCAGGUGGAGGUAUGCGUGCGCCGUGAGCAGAGGAGGAGGAUUCUGCAGACCCUGGUGUGGUGCACCGUGACCCUCGUCCUCGCCCUCUUCAUCCCAGACAUUGGUCGAGUGAUCUCCCUGAUUGGAGGGCUGGCAGCCUGCUUCAUCUUCGUCUUCCCAGGGUUGUGUUUGAUGCAAGCCAAACUAUCAGAGACCGAUGACCGAUCUGCCAGCUGGCACGGACUGCUGAGCUUUGGCAUUGCCAUGGUUACCAUUGGAGCGUUCAUAUUUGGUCUCACUACAACCAACUCUAUCUAUCAAGACAUUGUGAGCUAAGAGGACAUUUUGAAUGUGAACAGUGUGUUCUUGUUACUAAAGAUGGGCGGAGUGUUUGGUCUGUGCUGCUAACAACUAGAAGAUAAAACUGAAGAAACCAACUCAUGAGACUCAUUUUAAAAAGAUAAUCAAACCAAAUCCAAACCAAGCCAAGACCUAUACGGCAUGCUACGUCCCUGUCUGUACCAAGUUAAGCGUCUUUUGCUCCCUCGCAUUACUCAAAGACGCCACCCAAAGCCAAGUGACUUCAUACACUCUACCUGUUUGUUGACUAUAAAGUUUACACAGCAUGUUCCAGAAUUUAUUUAUAAUGGUUUGGACUUUCAGUGAAAGCAGUUUGAGUCAUUCCACAGGGUCAAAGUGGCUUCCUCUCGUCUCUGGACAUUCCAAUGGAUUGGAGAUCAAGGACUAAGAAUCAUCCUUUAAAUAAUGAAGUCAGUGUGUCAUGAUGUUCCAGUUUGUCUACGUCAGCAUGCAUGUGAUAGUACUGAUCAUUGAACAUGGACACUCGCUGGUUCCCAGGUCUAAUUCAGGUCCAGACUUGCAGUUUAAUCAUUGAUACUUAUGUGACUGACUAUUAGACCGAGUGAUAGAUUUGCACAGUAAGAGACUUAUUAGCUGUAAGUUAACUGCAGGAGUUUGAGUUUGUUUUCUAUCAGUUAAAACCUGUACAUAAGUUUUUAAGACUUUCAACUACAUGAAUCAGGCAAAUUAGGGUUCUGAAGUUGGUUAUAAAGGAAUGCAGUGAUAAUGAAUUUACUAUUGGCAUGUUUGCAAAAGUACAAAUUGUAAACUGCUGAGUUGUUAAAAACGUGUGUGGGUUGUUGAAGACGAGCAGCCGCCGCCGCACACACCGGACUCCUGGACGAACGGUGCUCAGGGUGGUUUUGAUAAAUCUUUGUGAAUGUAUGAACAAACAGAACCUACAAAGAUGUUUUCAGUUUGCACAUAAUUUACAAAAAGUUGGUCCUGGUUCUCCAACUACACAGCUCAUGUCCACAGAGCAUCGGGUUUGAUUUACUUGAAUAAUAAAAAUUUGAAAUUCUUUUUUAUGCCACAUGCACAAGAUGUUAACUAGUGACACAAAUCAAGAUGUGUUUAGAGCUCAGAAAUGAAUUUAUUCAACUAAACUGCAGAUACUGCUGUGGUAUAUUCUGAAUACGGUAAAUGUUUAUAAUCACAUUGUGAUCAGAUUUCAUCUCUGGGUUUAGAUGUAAUUAGAUACAUCUAAAGGGAGAUUGAGGGAUUUUAUUAUUAAUGUGUUCAGACACAUUUAUCAUAACCAAGAAGGGAAAAAAAAGCUGCAGUCAAAGUAGGAACUCCAGCUUUGACAGCUACCAAACUUUAGAGCAUGUGAUGUUUAUUAUAUUUCUUUGUGAUACAAGGUGCUUUUAUGGUUUGGUGUUAAACCACUUGUGUAAUUUUUCUUUCUUAGCCUUUGUGGACAGCAGUUAGUGAUCACGAGUGGAUGUCAGCUGCAUUUAUGACUGGGUUUCCUCUGUGCUAAGCUGUAGCCUGCUCUCCACAAGUCACUUGUUAACCAGACACCUCAUCCCUCUUGAACUGAUCCAUUCUAACGUGACAGAGGUGCAUUGAAUAAUGAUUUAAUACAACCAAGGCAUGUGAAGAAACCUGACAAUCCAUGUGUAACUGGCAGUAAAACUUUAAUAAAAAACAUAGCAAAUGAAGUUGCAAUGCAAAUA